CAGGAGAAAACUACCUUUAUCCUCGUCAUGGGAAUGACAGGUUCAGGCAAAAGCACGUUAGUGCAGCACUGCACAGGAAACAACGUGCAAGUAGGCCAUGGACUUCAGUCCUGUACGAAAUUGCCUCCUAUCUUUUCUUAUCUGUAUUCGUUCUUCCAUGAAGGCCACCAUAUCCACCUCAUCGACACCCCCGGCUUCGACGACACGAACCGCUCGGACAUCGACACGCUCAAAACAAUAGCAACUUACUUGAGUACGUCUUUCGCCAACGGUGUACGUAUCAGCGGCAUUAUCUAUCUGCACCGCAUCUCGGACAAUCGACUCAGUGGGACAGGCCUCCGCAACCUGCGCGUGUUCAAGAAGCUCGCCGGAUCAAAUGCAUGGCCAAACACAGUCAUUGGAACGACCAUGUGGAAGGCUGAUGAGUACAUGCAAGGGGAAGCACGUGAAAUAGAGCUUUCGGGCGACGUAACCUACUUCGGAGACUUGUUGUCUCGUGGCGCGAAGCUUUUUCGAAUCGCGGAGCAUGAAACAGGAGCGGAAGAGCAAAGGCAUUCAUCGCUGCGUGUAGUCUCGCAUUUGCUACAGCGGACACGAACCGUGGCAGUAAUCGAUCUCCGAAUCCAGCGGGAACUAGUGGUUGACGGGAAAACGCUCGAUGCCACCGCGGCUGGUCGGGAAGCCCUAGGAAACCUCUACCACUUGCGGCGUCAGCUCGCUCGCCAGGUCGAAAUCGCACGCCAUGACAUGCAAGAUGCUUUAAAAGUUCGGGACAUAGAAUCUGCGCGGCAACUUCAAGCCAUUGAGACUGAAUGCACUAGGAAGAUAAGCAAGUCGCAGAAGCAGCAACAAAAACUGAAAACAUCGUUAAUGGAGAUACACGAUAAGGAAGUAGACAAACUA